CAGGGUAUCGAUAUCGAGCACCAUCAUGUCAGAAAGGGCAACAGAUCUGCGCCCAAGUCGGAGGAUCCCUAUCUGCUCUUGCUUGUCAAGCUCUACCGAUUCCUCGCCCGACGAACUGACAGCAAGUUCAACAAGGUCAUCCUUAAGCGAUUGUUUAGCUCGCGCAUCAACCGACCGCCCGUCUCGCUCGCCAAGGUCGUCUAUGAAGUCAACUCUCGUCAUGUCUCAGCCGACAAGUCGACCGUCGUCAUCGUAGCCACAGUCACAGACGAUCUCCGUCUGCUCGAGCUACCCAAGCUCUCCAUUGCCGCACUCAGAUUCACCCAGACUGCAAGGGAACGCAUCAUCGCUGCUGGCGGUGAAUGCCUCACGCUUGAUCAGCUCGCCGUUCGUGCACCAACCGGAUCAAACACCGUCUUGCUCCGUGGUCGCAAGAACGCUCGCGAAGCCUUCAAGCACUUCGGUGCCGGACCUGGCAAGAACGCAAAGCCUUAUGUUACCUCAAAGGGCAGGUCCGUUGAUCUAAGCUCAUCGCCUGUUAGACCAGUCACUGAUCCUGCCGCGCUUGCAACAGGAAGUUCGAAAAGGCACGUGGUCGUCGUGCCAGCCGUGGCUUCAAGGCUUGAGCGUUGUAUCUCGAUGCAAUGUAUUGCGCAGAAACGGGGGCCUUGCAUUUCCGCAUGA